UGUUAAAAUCGACCCGCAUCCCGCGUGGAAUCCACGAUGCAUUUGUGCGUUAGAUGGGCUACGGCACGAAUUGAAACAACGACCUCAUGGGUUUCAGAAAGCAGGGAAGCGAAAAGCCCCGCUCUUGAUGAGCGAAUGAAAAGAUAUCUCUCGCUGAGACGAACAAUGGAGAUUAAUGAUGCGAUGAGAAUCCAAUUUGGGGGAAAAAGUGAAAGGGCAUCGGGAUAACAAGUCAUGCGCUGUCUCUUCAUCAUGUUUGUCAGUUGAGAAAUAGCGGCAUUGUGAUUGGUAGCUAAUGAUGAACAGGAGAUAAUAGUUUUUAUAAUAAAUUGUAUAUUGUUCUUAUUAUUUUCAUCCUCACGCAAUGGAUGACUAGAUCGAGGAAAUUCUUUUUGGCUUUUGCAAAUUUCUAAUUACUUAGUUUCAGUUUGUCUCCAAAUUUGUGCCGCAACCAAUGAAACUUAAUUAACACGGCAAUUUAUCUUUGGUCUGGUAUCUUAACAUUAAAUUUCAUAAACAAUUGAAACAGAGCGCUUGAGACCAUACUGUAAAAAUAUUAGAACAAUAGUAAGUCGCGUAGUCGUGAAAUAGGGCAUGAACUUGAAAUGCAAUAUGCCUAUGUAAAAAAUUCAUAAUAAGUAAAAUUUUACUUUUUUUACAUUUAAAAUUUUGAAUGUUUAGAAAUGCAUUUCUAUAGUUAUUUUUUUAUAACUGACUCUGGUAAAUGAGAGUAAAAACCAUGAAAAAUUGUUAUCCAAAAUGUCACAUAAACAUUUUUUCAAUAAAAUUGUUCAAGUUGGAUUGCCUAAAUUUGGAUGCUCGAAAUAUAUUUAUGCUUGUUUGAGUUGAGUAAACUUUUAGUUAGCGGUAAAAACACUACAGCGAUCAGGCGCGUUAAAAACUAUACAUAGCUUAUCCUUGUGGAAAUAAUGUCAGCGAAAUAUUUGUGUGGGUAUUGGUGCUUAUAAACUAAAAGUAAUUGCUAUACAAUCAUGUUUAUGAUUCGAAAUCUGUUUAUAACAGGUAUACUAUUUAUAAAAUAAUUCGUCACCAGCAAACAGUUUUCAAAUGUUGGCCCAACUCCAAGGAUUCGAAUCGACAUAUAGAAUGCCACAAUACCAUGCAAACAUGAGCAGUGAGUGUCAACCGAGUCAAUAUAUGUAUUCUUCUACCGAUCUCAACGACGUCUCGCGAAAUCAGAAAUUAUCUAGUGAAGAUGAUGGUAGCGAAUGUCAUUCACCAGAACAUCAGAAGGACAAUGCGGUAAUGAAGUUUUCAAAUCAAGAGAAAGAGCAAGAAGAGCGGCUUUCUGUUGGAAACACGCCAGAUUACGAUUACACUAAAACUGGCAACCCGUUUUCAGCACGCAACCAUGCAAUAUCGCCGUUAGUUCACUCAACAUCGAACUAUAUUUUCGACCCGUAUACUCGUGGUAAUUAUGUCGAUUCUCGAUACAGUCCUUAUCCAGUUUUCCCAACACAAUACCAAAGAGGAUACUACAAUCCUAUACAAAAUCCACCAGCUGAGGAUAAACCGGCGACAACGGCAUAUUCAUCAUACCUCAAUUCCUCGUCACCACAGAAUCAAUAUGAAGCAAGGGAUAUCAAUACAACGAUUGCUGCCGCAGUACCGUACGCAAAUAUGCACACACGUACCUCAUAUCCUUCUGAAUGUACAGUAACCGAGUAUCAUCCACGCCAACAACCAGUUUCAGCGUUCCAUACACCGAGUACAUUACCCCCGAUAUCCAUUCCAACAUCAGCUUAUCCUAGCUAUUCUACUCCGUAUAGCACUUACCAAAAUUUACAGCCGGGUAACACUGUCUCGCCGUUGUCUCAUUAUUCUCCCUCAUUGUUUCAAUCAAGUUCAACCACUAACAACUAUCACUCACCGUUGGUGAAAACCGAGCAGGAAUACUAUCAAGCAGCCCAAAGCCCAUCAGAAAUUGGUUCGAUCACACACCUAGGCAAUCCAGACGGAUCACCUGACGAAAAGCUUUUUCAAAUGAGCCACAACGACGACUCGAUCAGCAACAUAUCAAUGGAAGAGAUGAAAUCAUUUUCAAAAGUGUUCAAACAUCGCAGAGUAAAACUCGGUUUUACACAAUCGGAUGUAGGUCUCGCACUUGGUUCAAUGUACGGUUACGUAUUCAGUCAGACUACGAUAUGCCGUUUCGAGGCACUUCAGCUCAGUUUCAAAAAUAUGUGCAAACUGAAACCUUUGCUGACAAAAUGGCUUCAGGAUACUGACCACGAUCGUACGUCUGCUAACUGUGAUCCGGACCAAAUAGAGUCGGAAUCGGGCGGAACAAGAAAACGAAAGAAGCGUACCAGUAUUGAAGCGGUUGUCAAAGCAGCUCUAGAGAAACACUUCAACAUGAAGCAGAAACCAACUACACCUGAAAUAAUCAUGAUCGCCAGAGAACUUUCCCUAGAGAAAGAAGUGGUGCGAAUAUGGUUUUGUAACCGUAGACAGAAGGAAAAGAGACUUCACAAUGAGAGACUCAAAUCAUUCGAACAGUGAAGAUUAAUCUUCAGAACAGGUCGGAAAUCCGACCUAUCCGGGGAAUGAUGUUGCUCAAGGCGAAUGGCGGAUGGUAUCAUAGGCGCAAUUCCAGCAAACGUCCAAGUGAAAAUGUCUCCAGAUCUCAAUAAAAGAACUGUAAAUCGUGUUGUAAAAUCGUCUGUUAAAUUUGUUUCUGUGUACAACCGUGAUCAUUGAAUGCGUUUCGGGCUAUAUUAGCCUGCCGUAUGUAACAGUAACAAAUUUUGAAUAGUUUAGUACCAUAUUCGGAGGAUAAUGUUAUAAUCAAUACUUUACCGCUGCCGGCCGAUGCAUAUUGUAAUGUUGGUGCUGCUAAUUUUAUUUUUAUUUUGUUGCAAUCUUUCUUAUAUUUGUUUACCAUUUAAUUCUAAAUUUUGUUUUGUUUUAUUUACAAAAUAUAAAACCUUCAAUAACUUCGAAAAUGUAUUUCUUUUUCGAUAGAUAGUAGUUCAGGUUUGCGAGAAUAAGAGAAACCAGGCUUCGCGAUUUUCAUACUCGAUUUUUUGAUACAUGAAAAUGCGAUAAAAUGUACGCAUAAAAUGUGUUUGCUCGUUUAUACAAGCUGGCUUUCAAAAAUGAGUCGAUUCCUUCAAACUCAUUUAUUGUAUAAGAAUGUUCAAUCUACCGUUAAAUUUAAUCUGAAUAAUUUGUAUUUAUUAACUUAUUUGUGUUUAAACAUAACUAAAACUCAGAAAUGAAAAUAAAAACCGAUCAAAGUUUAUAAACCUGUCUAAAAAUAAGCUAAAAUCUAAAAAUUGUUUUGUCAAAUUUCGACUGUGGCAUCAAAUGAACUUAUUACUUGUUAAUCGGUUAUUUUUACUAAAUUCAAUAAAGAAAUAGGUGUCUGUGAAACCAUUUAUUGCAUUGUGUUUUAUAUUCAUACUCUUUUAGCGGACACAAAUAGUGCAUUUGAUUUAUUCUUAAUUUGAUGUUGUGCUCGCCAAACGUCUCUAUUUUUCAUAUUUUCGUGUGCAAUGGACUUUUUUAUUAAAACUUCGGUCGUUAGAGUUUGUACAUCCAAGAUGAGAGAUGUCCAUCAAGUAUAUUCAGACAUGAGAGUCGAUGACGCAAAAAUUUGCUAUAAAACAGACAUUUUAUAAAGAAACACAGGGCCGACUAAACUGAAGCCUAUAACCCUCUUGGCAACACGGCCAUUUUUUUUAAUUAUUUAGAUUUAUAUAAUGUUUCACAAUAUAGGCGGAAUUUGUUUAUGGGGAUUUUUUGUGGAAACGUUUGUUGAACUAAACAUUGUUCAAAAACAGAUGUAUAAGUCAAACAUUUUUCCGACAAAUUUUUAAUUACUUGAGUCAUAAUUUUUCCAGAUUAGUCAAAUGAUCAGAGUCAAUAUUUUGGCCUCUUAAAUAAUUUGAAAAUAAACGAAAA